AUGGCUUCUCUCACCAAGGGCCGACCCUCGCGUCGCGCUGCCUCCCGCAGGAGCUACGCCGUCGAAGAGACCUCCGAAUCAGAGAUCUCCGGGAACGAAACACCUACCGCGACACACGACGACGAUGACGAAGAAGAGCAGGAUUAUACGCCCGUCCCGAAACAGGCAAGGCGGCCAUCAAAACGGCUGGCUCUUGAUCCAACGACACCCCCGACUGUGCGCCCCGCGCGCAAAUCUCGACCUUCGGUAGCCGAGGAAUCAGACGUGUCGCAAAGCACGGAUAACGACGAAAACGAGACGGGCGAGGAGGAGGAUGAUGAUGACGAUGUCAGUAUGGCUUCUGCCGAAGCCGAUCCUGAAUCACCAUCUGGCAAACCAAGAUUGAAGAGAAAGAGCACUGAGGCUGUCGAAGCUGACCCUGAUUCACCUUCGAGUCAGGCUGCUUUGAAAAAACAUAGUAUGGCUCAUCCCCGCAAGAGUCGUGGUUCUAUCACGCCGAAGCCGGCAAAGGGCUCACUUCCCACUCCAGAGCCAUCCGCGUCGCCAGAGCCUGAAGCGCGGGCUCGUCGGGAAAGUGUACCGCCUCUCUCGGAUAUCACUGAUGCGGCCGUCAACCAAUCGCAAUCGCCAUCGAAGCAGCCAGAAGAACCGAAACAGAUCUCUAUAAUCAACCCGAACUCGACCGUUUUGGAAAGGCCCAUGGACAUCGUGAUGAAGUCUAGGAAUAAUGUUGCAGCCCCAGCGCCAGAGGAGCCCGCCGAGCCCAAACCUCGUAUGAUCAUCCAGAAUCUGGUACUCGUCAACUUCAAGAGUUAUGCUGGGAAGCAAGUUGUUGGACCUUUCCAUGCUUCGUUCUCUUCCGUUGUUGGACCCAAUGGAUCUGGCAAGUCGAACGUGAUUGAUUCGCUUCUGUUCGUAUUCGGUUUCCGUGCUAGCAAGAUGCGACAAGGCAAGAUCUCCGCGUUGAUUCACAACUCUGCCCAGUACCCGGACCUUCCUUAUUGUGAGGUCGAGGUUCACUUUGCCCAAGUUCUGGAUCUUCCAGAUGGCGGGCACGAGGUGAUUCCUGACUCGCAGCUGGUUAUAUCCCGCCGCGCGUUCAAAAACAACAGCAGCAAAUACUACAUGAACAAGAAAGAAACCAACUUCACUGCCGUAACGACAUUUCUUCGCGACCGCGGAAUCGAUCUCGACCACAAGCGAUUCCUGAUCCUCCAGGGCGAAGUCGAGUCGAUCGCGCAGAUGAAGGCCAAAGCUACGAACGAGCACGACGAAGGUCUCCUCGAGUAUCUGGAGGAUAUCAUCGGUACCUCCAAGUAUAAGACGCCGAUCGACGAAGCAGCCGCGGAACUGGAAACCCUGAACGACGUAUGCGUGGAGAAGAACAACCGAGUGCAGCACGUCGAAAAGGAGAAGACAGCCCUCGAAGACAAGAAGAAUAAGGCUCUUGCAUAUAUCCGGGAUGAGAACGAGCUUGCCGAGAAGCAGUCCGCUCUCUAUCAAAUCUAUAUCGAUGAGUGCGCUGACAAUGUCCGCGUCACCGAGGAAGCUAUCCUCCAGAUGCAGGAGUUGCUGAACAUGGAGCUUGAAAAGCACGAAGGCAAUGAGGCCGGCAUCAAGGAGAUCGAAAAGGCCUACAAGCGCGGCGUCCGUGAAUACGAGUCUAUGGAGAAGCAGACCAAAGAGCUCUUGAAGGAGAUGGCCAAGUAUGAUAAGGAGGGCGUCAAAUUCGAAGAGAAGAAGAAAUUCCUUCUCGGGAAGCAGAAGAAGCUGGAGAAGACAAUGCAAACAAGCCGUCUAGCCGCGUCCGAGUGUCAGAGUCUUGUCCAGAAGUUUACAGAUGACAUCGAGAAGAAGACCGCUGAGACGGCCCAGCUCGAGAAAGAGAUGAAGGCCGAAGAAGCAGAGUUGAAUACAAUCCGUGAGGGUCUCAAGGGAAAGACCGAAGGACUGUCCGAACAGAUCGCUAUUAAGCAAAAGUCACUCGAGCCCUGGAAUGAGAAGAUCAACAAGAAGCAGUCUGCUGUUGCCGUCGCACAAAGUGAACUCGACAUCCUCCGCGAAAGAAGCAAUGCUGGUGCCGUUCAGCUCGAAGAGGCACAGGGCAAGAUUGCCGCCAUCCAGGAGACGCUGCAGAUGAAACAGACCAACCUGGAAGAGAGACAGGCCCAGAAAGAGACCUUGGAAGGAGAACUGGCGAAGCUGCAACACGAUCUCAAGAAAUAUGCCGCCCGCGAGCCGGAAAUCCGAACGCAUGUCUCCAGCGCCAGGCAAAAGGCCGACGAAGCUCGGAACAGUCUUGCGAGCACCCAAAACCGCGGAAGCGUCCUCACAGGUCUGAUGCGUCUGAAGGAGUCCGGCCGCAUUGAUGGCUUCCACGGCCGUUUGGGCAACCUCGGCACCAUCGACGAGAAAUAUGAUGUGGCAAUUUCAACCGCGUGCCCCGCACUCGACAACAUGGUCGUGGAGACCGUCGAGGUCGGUCAACACUGCAUUGACUACCUGCGAAAGAAUAACCUGGGUAGAGCCAAUUUCAUCCUGCUCGACCGGCUCCCCCGUCGUGACAUGUCGACCAUCUACACCCCUGAAAGUGUGCCCCGUCUCUUUGAUCUCGUCAAGCCCAAGGAUGCCAAGUUCGCACCUGCUUUCUAUAGUGUCAUGCAAAACACCCUUGUCGCCAAGGACCUGGAGCAGGCCAACCGAAUUGCCUAUGGUGCUCGUCGUUGGCGAGUCGUCACACUCGAUGGUCAGUUGAUUGACGUAUCUGGUACUAUGAGUGGUGGUGGUACCCGUGUGGCCCGUGGUGGCAUGUCUUCCAAGCAAGUCGCCGAUACCACCAAGGAGCAAGUGGCCCGGCUGGACUCGGACCUCGAAGAGCUGGAGCGCAAGUUUCAGCACUUCCAAGAAAAGCAGCGCCACAUCGAGUCUCAAAUGCGGGAAAAGACCGAAGAAGUUCCUCGUGUGGAUACCAAGAUCCAGAAGAUCAUGAUCGAAAUUGACAGUGCUAAGCGGAGUCUUACCGAUGCCCAACGUCGCGUGAAGGAGAUCAGUGCCGAGCACAAACCUUCCAAGUCCGACGCAGCCCAAGAAAAUGCCCUCGAGCAGCAGAUCGAGGCCUUGAACAACGAGAUCGACGACCUCAAUGGCCAGAAGAGCGGCAUCGAGGAAGAGAUCCAAGAGCUGCAAAGCAAGAUCAUGGAAGUCGGUGGUGUCCGUCUCCGUGGCCAGAAAGCCAAGGUCGACGGCCUCAAGGAACAGAUCAGCAUGUUGGCGGAAGAGAUUUCCGAUGCCGAGGUCCAGAUCGCGAAGAAUGAGAAGCUCAUCACCAAGCACAGCAAGGCCCGUGACACCUCUGAGAAAGAGCUGAAUCAGAUUUCCGAGGAGCUGCAGAAGCUGGAGGACGACGUGGAGAGACAAGCCAAAGAUGCUUCCGGGUGGAGACAGAAGGCCGAGGAAGCUCAAGAGGCACUCGAAACUCAAAAGGGCGAGCUUCAAACCAUGAAGGAAGAGCUCGACGAGAAGGUCGCCGAAUUGAAUGAGACUCGCGCCACGGAGAUUGAAAUGCGCAACAAGCUCGAAGAGAAUCAGAAGGCCCUUGCCGAGAACCAAAAACGUAGCCGGUACUGGGAGGAGAAGCUUUCCAAGCUCGCUCUCCAGAACGUCAGCGAUCUCGGCGAGGAGCAGGAAACUACCGAGCUUCAGACAUUCACCAAAGACGAGCUGGACGCCAUGAACAAGGAGUCUCUCAAGGCUGUCAUCGCGGCCCUGGAAGAGAAGGUUCAGAACACCUCGGUCGAUAUCAGUGUGAUUGAGGAGUACCGUCGCCGGAACGCCGAGCACGAAUCUCGUUCCGCAGACCUGGCAAGUGCCCUGGCUACCAGAGACAGCGCCAAGGCUCGCUUGGACGGCCUCCGGUCAGCUCGUCUUAACGGGUUUAUGGAAGGUUUCGGUAUCAUCUCCCUUCGCUUGAAGGAGAUGUAUCAGAUGAUCACCAUGGGCGGAAACGCCGAGCUCGAACUGGUCGACUCAUUAGAUCCCUUCUCCGAGGGCAUCCUGUUCUCCGUCAUGCCCCCAAAGAAGAGCUGGAAGAACAUCGGUAAUUUGUCUGGUGGUGAGAAGACCCUGUCCAGUCUGGCUCUCGUCUUUGCCCUGCAUCACUACAAGCCCACCCCCCCUAUUGAUGCCGCCUUGGAUUUCCGGAACGUGAGUGGUCCUGAGUCACCCCUUUUCAUGGUCUCUAUCGUGGCUUCAUACAUUAAGGAACGAACGAAGAAUGCACAGUUUAUUGUCAUUUCUCUAAGAAACAACAUGUUCGAGCUCGCCGCAAGACUCGUCGGUGUCUACAAAGUUAAUCACAUGACAAAGAGCGUCGCCAUCGAGAAUCGCGAUUAUGUUAAUAUCUGA